AUGACUGCCCCACAAGACCCAAAGCACUUGCCAAUCAGGCAACAAAUGGAAGCUUUGAUCCGUAGAAAGCAAAAAGAGAUCACUGAGGGUCUAGAAUCUAUCGAUACCGUUAAGUUCACCGCUGACACCUGGGAACGUGGUAACGAUGGUGGUGGUGGUACUUCCAUGGUUAUCCAAAACGGUUCCACUUUCGAAAAGGGUGGUGUCAACGUUUCCGUUGUCUACGGUGAGCUGACUCCAGGUGCUGUUUUGGCUAUGAAACAAGAACACAAGGACUUGAAAUUGCCAGAGUCCGCCAACGGCUUGCCAAACUCUGAAGGUGUCAAGUUCUUCGCCUGUGGUUUGAGUAUGGUCAUCCACCCAGUCAACCCAUUGGCCCCAACUACUCACUUGAACUACCGUUACUUCGAGACCUGGAACCCAGACGGUACCCCACAAACCUGGUGGUUCGGUGGUGGUGCCGACUUGACCCCAUUCUACUUGUUCGAAGAAGAUGCUGAGCACUUCCACAAGUUGCACAAGGCCGCUCUAGACAAGCACGACACCGCUUUGUACCCUCGUUUCAAGAAGUGGUGUGACGAGUACUUCUACAUCGCCCACAGAGGUGAAACCCGUGGUAUCGGUGGUAUCUUCUUCGAUGACUACAACGAGAAGGACCCACAAGAAAUUCUAAAGAUCUGCGAGGACUGUUUCGACGCUUUCUUGCCAUCUUACUUGACCAUCAUGAAGAGAAGAAAGGACUUGCCAUACAACGAAAAGCAAAAGAACUGGCAAUUGAUCAGACGUGGUAGAUACGCUGAAUUCAACUUGAUCUACGACAGAGGUACUCAAUUCGGUUUGAGAACCCCAGGCUCCAGAGUUGAAUCUAUCCUAAUGAGUUUGCCUUUGCACGCCUCUUGGGUUUACAACCACCACCCAGAACCAGGUUCUGAGGAGGCUAAGUUGCUAGAAGUGACCACCAAGCCAAGAGAAUGGGUUAACUAA